AUGGAUCAACUAUCUCACCUAAAAAAUACCGUUACCGACUACCUCUCUUUUGCGAAACGCCGCCGGACUAUCGGAGCAUCAACUGCGACGCCAGUUAAAGAGACCGAACACACGUUUAUUACGCCGGCAUCCGAACCGACGGCGUUGGGCACAUUCAGGGACAAGCUUUAUACAGCGUCGACGCUGAAUCCACGGAAGCGGGGUCGAAGCGAGUUCGAGGGCGAUGGAUCGGGGCUUUCACCAAAUGAUUCCGUGUCGCAGUUGACGUCCUCGGAGGACGAGGGGGAGACUGAAGGAAGCGGAGAUGCAUUAGUCAAGCUCGAGGAAGCGAUCGAAGAAGAUAUGGAGGAGGCUGAGAUGGAAGAAGAGGAAGAAGAAGAAGAGAACGCGGAUGCGGUAACCCAGGCAAAGGUUCAGGAAUACCUCGCGAGACAAGCCGAGUUGGAAAUGAGGAAGGAGGAGAUUGAGACGGCUAGAGCAGCUGGAGAUUGGCAUACCGAUGAGCUAUAUCUGUUCGAGAGGCUCACUAUGCGCAGUUACGAGGAGCUGAUUCCUGUGCAAUGGAAAAUUGACUUUCCUACUCUUCCCGAGUUACUCUUCACGGAUGAUCCUGUCAGAAUUUUCAUCAGCUACAACUGCAAUUCAAGUAAUCGAGGUGUGAAAGCAUUGCAAGAACUAUUGAAGCUGGGAGCACGUGUUAGAGAGAAAGUUGCUGCUGGCGGUGCACCCGAACCACUGGUUGCGAGAGAGAUCAAACGAUACAUUCAGUAUACCGAGAAGGACGGUGGCUACUCUAGGAAACGGUUCCUUCCAGUCAUCUCCGUCGUCAGAGCUCGUCCGGGUGAGGCAAUCGACUCGAUCACCCAGGCUAUCACCAGUGAGAUGACUUUCCUCGCUGAGAAACAUCGGGAAAGUUUGGGCUUCCACAUCAACGGAGAAUCCGAGCUCGAUGCUAACAAACGAGUCCCGCCUCUUCUCUAUGGCAUGAUUGUCGCUAGGACGAAUGUCAUCUUCGUCACCCUCGACUCUGCCAAUCCGGACGCCACCAUCCGACAUAUGACACACUUUGAUUUUGCUGUCAAGAAAAUGGAUGUUUGGAAUGGCUUUGCAAUUUCAAUCAUGGCUAUCUGUGCCAGGAAUUAUACUAUGGCUACCAAGGACGAGCUGGAAGACGACGACGAUCCUGAAAGCGAUCCCGAUCUUUGA